AUGUUUCUUGUGUUUGAAGACCACUCUUGGGAGGACGAGGUGGAAGUCAAAGUGUCGGGGCAGGACGAGGUGGAAGUCAAAGUGUCUGGGGAGGACGAGGUGGUAGUCAAAGUGUCUGGGGAGGACGAGGUGGAAGUCAAAGUGUCUGCGGAGGACGAGGUGGAAGUCAAAGUGUCUGCGGAGGACGAGGUGGAAGUCAAAGUGUCUGCGGAGGACGAAGUGGAAGUCAAAGUGUCUGGGGAGGACGAGGUGGAAGUCAAAGUGUCUGGGGAGGACGAGGUGGAAGUCAAAGUGUCUGGGGAGGACGAGGUGGAAGUCAAAGUGUCUGCGGAGGACGAGGUGGAAGUCAAAGUGUCUGGGGAGGACGAGGUGGAAGUCAAAGUGUCUCUGGAGGACGAGAUGGAAGUCAAAGUGUCUGCGGAGGACGAGGUAGAAUUCAAAGUGUCUGGGGAGGACGAGGUGGAAAUCAACGUAUUAUUUUCCACGGGAAUAUUUAGAAUUCAAGUAGUUUAA